CUUUUUGUAACCUCCUUUUCUUCCCAAACCAUCACUCCUUUUGCAUUGUGUGAAACCUUCGAGUUUUCUCUUCAUCUUCUCAAAGUAACAAACUUUCUCCAAACAGAUUAUUAUUAAAACAAUCUCAUCAAGAACUACGAUGAAAUUCCCGGCUGUAAAAGUUCUUAUUAUCUCUCUUCUCAUCACAUCUUCUUUGUUCAUACUCUCAACCGCGGAUUCGUCACCAUGCGGAGGAAAAUGCAACGUGAGAUGUUCAAAGGCAGGAAGACAAGAUAGGUGUCUCAAGUAUUGUAAUAUAUGUUGCGAGAAGUGUAACUAUUGUGUUCCUUCAGGCACUUAUGGAAACAAAGAUGAAUGCCCUUGUUACCGCGAUAUGAAGAACUCCAAAGGCACGUCCAAAUGUCCUUGAUCAUGUUCUUAAGAUUAUCCUUAUAGACACAAUAUCUUGAAAUGUUAAGAUUGUGCUUGAUGCCUAAAAUAAUGAGCUUGAGAUACUUCUAUGAAUGAAUAUGUGAAAGAUUUUGACAAUAAAAUGAUUUGAUGUAUUAAAAUAUUCUUAGUGAAGUUAUAUAUGUAUAAAUGAAGUAUGAAAUAUACAUUGUAUGUUGCUUUACAUGAGAAAGAUAAAUCUACAACAAUCCAAUGUAUGAAAAUUUUACUAAGUUAACUGAUCAGAAACGUUAAUUAUGGUUUAGAAUCUU